UCCUGGAGCUCUGAGCUGUUGACGAACACACGAUCAAUGUCUCAAAGGUUGCUGUGGUGUUCCAGUGCUCUGCAGGACACUGACCUGAGUUCAGCUCAAACUGCUCACAUCUGUCUGAGCACAGGCCGCGCUCUACCUGUUCAGCUUCAUCAUGAGGACUGCCGAUUGGCUGUUGUCUCUGGCGUCCUUGCUGCUCAUCUCCUCUGUCCGUCCGGACAUCUGCAGCGCCAAACCCAAAGACCUCGCCCUGGAGCCGCGAUGCAUCUACCGCAGCCCCGAGGCCCCCACCACGGAGCCCGAGCCGAUCCCCGAGUCCACCAACCCCCGAGUGUGGGAGCUGUCGAAGGCCAACAGCCGCUUCGCUCUGUCGCUCUACAAACAGCUGGCCCUCAGCAAGACCCCCGAGUCCAACAUCUUCAUGUCCCCCAUCAGCAUCUCCACCGCGUUCGCCAUGACCAAACUGGGAGCCUGUAACCAGACACUGCAGCAGAUCAUGGAGGUCUUUAAGUUCGACACCAUCAAAGAGAAGACGUCGGACCAGGUCCACUUCUUCUUCGCCAAACUCAACUGUCGCCUGUACAGGAAGAAGGACAAGACCACCGAGCUGAUCUCCGCUAACCGCCUGUUCGGAGACAAGUCUCUGAUCUUCAACGAGACGUAUCAGAACAUCAGCGAGACGGUGUACGGAGCCAAGCUGCUGCCGCUCAACUUCAGGGAGAACCCAGAGAAGGCCCGGGUCACCAUUAACAACUGGAUCUCCAACAAGACAGAGAACCUGAUCCAGGACACGCUGCCAUCAGGGGCGCUGGACUCCAACACGAUCCUGGUCCUCGUCAAUACCAUCUACUUCAAGGGUCAGUGGAAGAACAAGUUUGAGAAAGACAACGUGUACGUCUCAGAUUUCCACGUCGGUGAGCGUCGGACCUGCCCGGUCAACAUGAUGUACCAGGAGACUAAGUUCAGGUACCGGUUCUUCCCCGACGACCAGGUGCAGCUGCUGGAGAUGCCGUACCGUGGAGACGACAUCACCAUGGUGAUCAUCCUGCCGAGCAGAGAGACCACGCUGAGUAAGGUGGAGGAGAGUCUGGACCUGAAGAAACUGACCCGCUGGUUGGACGAGAUGAAGGAAACCACCGUCUCCGUCAGCGUCCCUCGCUUCAGGGUGGAGGACAGUUUCAGUCUGAAGGAGGAGCUGCAGGCCAUGGGACUGACCGACCUGUUCAGCGCAGAGAAGGCCAGCCUGCCAGGGAUGCUGGAGGACGGCGGCGAUGGUCUCCACAUCUCAGACGCCUUCCAUAAAGCCUUCCUGGAGGUGAACGAGGAGGGCAGCGAGGCGGCAGCAGCCACCGCUGUGGUCGCCAUCGGACGCUCCUUCAACUUCAACCGGGAGGUUUUCCAGGCCGACCGACCGUUCCUGCUGCUCAUCAGAGAGUCGAGCAUCAACACGCUGCUGUUCACCGCCCGAGUGGCCGACCCCUGCAACCAAUAAAAACUCUGAGCUCAAAAUCAAGUACUAACAAGUAAAUGUACACGUUCCUCUGUAACAGGCAGCGUGUGUCUGACCACGUAAAAAGAAUCAUCACACCUGAUUUCUCUUCUGUGUUUACUCCACAUCCUGCAGCGUUAGCCACACGCUACAUGCUACAGGUCAGAUCACAUAAAGGUAUCAUCCUUCA